AUGGGCACGGCACCAUCCAAGACGUGGAAGGAUUUGAAAAGGAAGGCGAAGAGCGUGGAGACGUACAAGAUCUACAUCUUCAAGGUCCUGAAGCAGGUCCACCCCGACAUCGGGAUCUCCAGCAAGGCGAUGGGCAUCAUGAACUCCUUCAUCAACGACAUCUUCGAGAAGCUGGCCCAGGAGGCCUCACGCCUGGCCCGCUACAACAAGAAGCCCACCAUUACCUCCCGCGAGAUCCAGACCUCCGUCCGCCUCGUCCUCCCCGGAGAGCUCGCCAAGCACGCCGUCUCCGAGGGCACCAAGGCCGUCACCAAGUUCACCAGCUCCUAGGCCUAGCGCGGCUCAAGGGGUUUUCCUCUUUUGAUUAGUAUUUUUCUUGUUUUUUUUGUCGCUGUUUAGUUGCUAUCUCUAGUGUAAUUAUUUCCUUUUAUGCCGUGGAUCAAGGGAAAAGCGCGCUUUUUUGUUUCUCU